UCGGUGGGGCCGCCGCCAUGGACGCAGCUACUCUUACCUAUGACACUCUCAGGUUUGAAUAUGAAGACUUCCCCGAGACCAAAGAGCCUGUCUGGAUCCUUGGCCGGAAAUACAGCGUUUUUACAGAGAAAGAAGAGAUCCUGUUGGAUGUGACCUCUCGGCUUUGGUUCACCUACAGAAAGAACUUCCCUGCUAUUGGAGGAACCGGUCCCACCUCGGACACUGGCUGGGGUUGUAUGUUGCGGUGUGGUCAGAUGAUCUUUGCUCAGGCCUUGGUCUGCAGGCAUUUGGGAAGAGACUGGAGGUGGACGAAAGGGAAGAGGCAGAUGGAUAAUUACUUCAAUGUCCUUAAUGCCUUCAUUGACAAAAAAGACAGCUACUACUCCAUUCACCAGAUAGCUCAGAUGGGAGUUGGAGAGGGAAAAUCCAUAGGUCAGUGGUAUGGACCAAACACAGUGGCACAAGUGCUCAAAAAACUUGCAACUUUUGAUACAUGGAGUUCACUGGCUGUACACAUAGCCAUGGACAACACAGUAGUGAUGGAAGAUAUCCGGCGGUUGUGCCAGUCCAGCCUCCCAUGUGCUGGGGCUGCAGCAUGCCCUUCUGGGGAGGCAGACCUGCUCUACAAUGGGUACCCAGAGGAAGCAGGGCUUAGAGAGAGGCUCUCACUAUGGAAACCACUGGUGCUGCUGAUACCUCUGCGCCUUGGGCUCACAGAGAUCAACGAAGCCUAUAUUGAAACACUAAAGCACUGCUUCAUGAUGCCUCAGUCCCUGGGAGUGAUCGGUGGGAAACCAAACAGUGCUCACUACUUCAUUGGCUAUGUAGGUGAGGAACUCAUCUACCUGGAUCCUCACACCACGCAGCCUGCAGUGGAGCCCAACGACAGUGGCUGUCUGCCUGAUGAAAGCUUCCACUGCCAGCACCCUCCCUGCAGGAUGAGCAUUGCUGAGCUCGACCCCUCCAUCGCAGUGGGCUUUUUCUGUAACACAGAGGAGGACUUCAAUGAUUGGUGCCAGCAAAUCAAAAAGCUGUCCCUGGUAAGAGGAGCGCUGCCGAUGUUUGAACUGGUGGAACGCCAGCCGUCGCACUUCUCCAAUCCUGACGUCCUGAAUCUCACACCAGACUCCUCUGACGCUGACAGAUUGGAAAGGUUCUUUGACUCAGAAGAUGAAGACUUCGAAAUCCUAUCCCUUUGAAAACAAACAGGACACAGACUCUGCAAAUUUGUGUUUUGUGUGGGGAGAAGUGGGGGGAGGGAAGUUCCUUCGAGAGCCUGUGGCUACCGGUUUUCAUAGGUGCUUGCUGCCAUCCCUGCCUCUCGCCCAUCCCGGCAUUCUCUGCGGCCUCGGAGCAGAGCGCGCCUCCUCUCUGGUGAGAUGAAGAACCAAGUGGUGGCUGGAGCUGGAAUUUCUCAGCAGAAAACAGUUGCUGGAAGUGGAUGAAGUGGUGCUUAGGAGUUCAAAGCCUAUCUGUUACAUCAGCAGGUCAGUUGGCCUUCUAGGGGAGGUGUAGAAAUCAUUAGAGUGCUAAAUCCUUACAUGGGGACUCCCGUCUGAAGCUUAAAUAGAGCCACCUCCCAUUUAGCAGGUGAAAUGUCCAGUUAAUUCCUUUAGCAGCACCCCUUCUCACUGGCCAGCUUGGACUGCAGCUCCCAAUGCAAAUGAACAGCAGACAUGUCCCAGCAAGACAGCUGUGAAGCCCCUGGAGUGCAGGUGGCCGGGCUUUCUGCAGUACAGCUCCUGUUCAUGCUUUGCAGUACACAGUGCUUUCUUCCAGGUAUAGUCCCCCUCUCCUGCUAACACCCUGUAGAGAGGAAGUUGAGGGAACUUGAAAGUGACUGGCAGUUCAGUAAGUCAAAGGCUGUCCAGGAAAGCCUGGAGCAGACCCCGCUGCUGAGGAGGAACAUCUCAAUCUCAGGUUAAAUAACAGCAGAAAGAAUGGCAGAACAGAACAGAAGGCUAAUGUGUUCUUGCUGGGUGAGUCGAUACAGCAUUGUGCUUCUACCAUGGAUUAACCUCUGCAGCAAGGAUCUUCAGGAAAGCUCCUUUAGCAAAGAACUGGAUUCCAUAGCACUGGGGGAAAAUCCACAGCUGGCAGAGGCAGAACAGGCAGAUCUGCCAGUUGUGUGCUUGCCUGUGCCCACACCACGGUGUGCUGGCAUGGAGUCUAGGGAAUUAAUCCUGUCGGUACCAAAAAUGAGAGCUAGGAGAUUCAUCCAGGUGUCCUCAGGGGGCUGUUCAGCAGUUCCUCCAACUACUACUGUUAAGACAUUAUCUUUCCAAAUCAGAAGAGGUGCCUGAAGGUCAAGUAGGCUUCAUAGCUGUGGCUGUACCUUUCCUUUUGUCUCCUGCCAGCUUCCCCUCCCUGCAGAGUAUGCACAAAGAGGUACUGGAGGAGCUAACCUAGAGAAACCUAUCUGGAGUUAGGGUCUCAAAGAGGGCAGUAAAGACACAAUGCCUUGAGAAUGUCCCAAGUCUACUGGGCACGUUACUUCCAGAUGGUAGCUCUGCCUGGAGCCCUUCUCUGCACAGAGUUCAGAGAAAGGAGAACCCCAAGGAGGAGAGCUGUCUUAAUGCAAACUGCAGCACAAGUUGCUGAAGUAGCUUCCGUAACGCAGGCUGCAGAUUGCAAACCUGUUUACAAGGCUUUUGCUUUAUACAUUUAGGAUUGGAACCUGUCAGUUGAUGCUUUUUUUGUGCCCAAGGGUGGUGAUAGCUGGCUAGAAACGACCAAUUUCCUCCCUGACUGACCUACUGAUGCUCUAACUAUCCCUAUGCUAUCCAAAAGCAGAGGUUUGAACCGGGAACCACAAUGCUUCUAUCACUAAAUUAUUAUUUGCUGCUUUCU